GGCGGGAGGAUGAGAAGCAGAAGUUUUGAUAGACGUGUUACUGGCUUUGUUUGUAACGGUUAGCGUUAAACAACAACAACGACACUGGUCCGCGCACUGGUGUGUAACGGUAGGGAGCUCCAGGCCUCACUGGAGUUUGUAGAUAUCAGCUCCGCAGCACUUCUCAAGCAACUCUGCCUCGUUAAACUUAUUCCUGCGUCAGUUUUGGAGUUUAGUCGGGGAGCUGUCUGUCUAAGCUAAGCUAACGUCAACUUUUGGCCGUUUAACCUCUUUGGGUUAGCUGACUUGGACUGAUUCAGUGGAAUGGCUACAAGAAAACCUAAGGAAAAUGACGCCAGCCUUCCUUUCGUUGCGCUCCAGCUCCUGGCACCGCCUGUGCGUCUGGUAUCUGCAGCCCUCUGGAAAGUGAUGAAGCAGAGGGACGUGCUGCAGUACGGGGUUGUGGAGGAAUUCGUGACAUCAGCCUGCGAGACUGUGCCCGGGCUGCUCACCGUGAGGCACCAGGGCAAGCUGGCACUGGGGCUGAGAGGACGGUUGAUCUUGGAGCUGUGCUGUACGCAGCCCGAUGAAAAGGUGAUUAAGCCACAUCUGGAAAGGAUCCGUGCUCCUGCUGCCGUAUCACCAUCCUCUGCUCCUGCUGCGAGGAGGGAUGUAAAGAUUCUGAGAACAGUGGAAAGUUUCCGCUCAUUGGUUCACACACUGCUAACAGACCCAGAAGAGAGAGAGCAGUUCUUCAAGGAGGAGUUUCCUGUGGAUUACGGCCCAAAGUUUGACCAGGAACUGGAGAAGCUGCUGUGGGAGUUUUUGAUUCGACUGGACCAGUUGCUUCCAGUUCCCAACCUUGCACAGACUGUGUCGUGGCUCAGUGAUUCCCCCCCUGUCCUGGAGGAGUGUGCGCGGGCGGCCACCCAGCCCCAGCUCCUGAAGAUACUGCUUCAACAUCAAACCUGUCUGGGUCAUCUGGAGACUGCAGCAUCCCUCCCUCCAAACAUGGGAGACUCCAUCCUGGCUUCACUCUCUCUGCCGCCCUCUGGAAGAGUGCCUUCAAAUCAGCCAGCGGGAGCCAAAAUGUCUGCUGCGGACGUGUCGGAGGAAACACCAUUAAUUACACCUGUGUUUGGACUUAUCUCUAAUGAGGAUGUGCCGGUUAUGAACUCUGCUAGUAAAAGGACUCAGAGAGGUCACGAUCUAUCAAACAAGCACUCGGACCCGAAAGAGGACUUGAAUUUCACUGUGGUCAGACAGAGACAAAACCCCAAAGACAAUGGAGUGCAAGUGGACGGAGAAAAGGUGGAGGAGGAGAGGAGUGCUUCAAAAAGAAGCAGCGCAACGAAACGCCAACAUCCUGACAAAAGCGAAUCCGACGAGGAGGAAGAAGUGUUUCGCAGGAUCAGGCCUGAGAAAAAGAGGAGCAAGAGUUUAAGAAAUGCAGCGAGCGGGCUCAGGCAGGAACGGGGCGACCGGAGGACAAAUGAGAGCGAGGAAGGCGGGACGAAAACCGUAAGAAAGGAGGCGUGUGACAGAGCAGUCCUGGAAAGCUGUAUGACCCAACUGGGUGUCAAACUGCUCCGCCUGCCGGAUGAUCCAUCCCUCUGCUCCGUUUUUGUGUCUUGUCUGAGCAACCAACCCAGAGUUGUUCUUGAAAAGCUGUCAGUGACUUCUGCUGUCGCCAACAGGACUGGUAGAGGAGGGAAAUCCUUCUACACGAAACGACACAAUCAGAGGAGGAAGUCGCCGGUCAAAGCCCCAACACACAAAAGCACGAGCGACCGGCAGCAAAAGCCCGACUUGGAUGUUCUUGGCCUGGACGAUAAAGAAAAUCAUCCUGUGUUGCCGAGUAUAAGCAGCUCUCCCCUUCAGCAUCGGCGCAACACAGAGACGGCCCUUCCAGGAGACAGUGAAGACUACGUAGCUGAUUCUGAAGACGAGGCCACAAAGAACUUCAAAGGCAGGCUGUUCAUGAAGCGCUACUACAAGACCAAACACGGCACUUAUGUUCCCACUCUGAGGGAGUACUGGAAACCUGGGAUGUCACGGCGGGACCUGAUGUCCGCUGUCAGCAAACGCAGAUGACGACGUGGAUUUUCGCUACCAAGCCUGGCGUCGGAAUGAAACGCCACAGGACUCUUGACUGUGGCCGAGUUGGUCGUCUCCAGCAGCUGCAGCCGCUGAAGAGCCAGAAGUGCGGGGAAGCGAGCCCUCCGCUGGGGCUGACGGAUAUGUAUUUUUAUUAUCUUUCUCUUGGUUUCUCUGUAGGCGUAUCAGAUUGAGUUGAACUUGAAGAAGUGGUUUGUCAAACUAUCGAUUAUGGAUGCAGUCAUGCAAAUAAAACCUUGUUUUUUAAGUGUUUCUUUUUAAUUGUUGGUGUACACUUUGAUAAUAAAGACUAGACAAUACCUGUA